ACGGGAGUUGGAACAUCAAGCGCCAGCCGUGAUGGAAGAAGGCAGACGCGCGGUUGAUAUUUACAGUUUAUGGGACGAUACACAUCAACAUCGCUCGCACUUUUCGUGUAAAUCGUCUCCCACAAGUGCCAGUUACUUCGAGUACUUAUGAGAUGAGUGCGAGCAGCAUCGACUAACGAAAUGGUCCUGCGAAGCCGAGCCAAAGGUAGCAUCCUCGACUACGCUUCCCGGAGGCAGUACGACGCUGAUCUUCGCUUCAGAAGCGCCCUGAUCCGCGACAGACUUGUCUUCGGUCCCGAUUUGUUCCGGAAAGACCUGUACGCGCACUAUGGAUGCGUUAACGCCAUCGAAUUUUCGAAUGACGGUGACUGGCUUGUCUCAGGGGGAGACGACCAGCGGGUGCUUUUGUGGAAUGUGCAGGAAGCCAUCUCAGGGCCAGGUCGGCCACACGCCAUGAAAGGACACCAUAACAGCAACAUCUUCUGUCUCUGCUUUGACUCGUACCACAAGACUGUGUUUUCGGCCGGUAAUGAUGAACAAGUCGUGAUACAUGAUGUCGCAACGGGUGCCACCAGAGAUGUGUUCUUGCAUGAUGAAGCAGUCUACGGCUUGUCGGUGCAGCCUGGUAAUGACUAUGUGUUUGCCAGUGCUAGCGACGACGGCUGCAUUCUUGUGUACGAUGUGCGGGAGCCAAGGUCCUCCGAUCCCCUGCUCCUGGCCACCUCCAAGUCGCCCUUCCAUGCCGUCACCUACAACCCCGCCGAGCCGCGGCUCUUGGCCACGGCCAAUUCGCGCGAGGGUGCUGCUCUCUGGGAUGUGCGACGUCCACGCCGCCACUUACUCUCCUAUGACCAUGAUGGCACUAUGCAGAGCGCCAUGAGUGUGCGCUUUGACGAUCGAGGCACCCGAGUGCUAGUUCUCCGGCGGCGCCGACCGCCAGCUGUCUUUUGGCUCGAGAGCAGGCAGCCUAUGGUCCAGUUGGACCACGUGGACUACUGCAACUCCUGCACCAUGAAGAGCUGCUGCUUUGCAGGUCAGCGGGACGAGUAUGUCAUGUCGGGCUCAGAUAACUUCCAGCUCUAUGCCUGGAAGCUGCCCGACAAUGUUGGGGACAGGACGAACGCAGAUGGCAAGAGUGUCUGGGUGAGGCAGGCUCACCUGGUGAUGCAGGGACAUCGGUCCAUAGUGAACCAGGUGCGCUUCAACAAGGCGUCCAUGGUUGUGGCAUCAUCGGGUGUUGAGAAGAUGAUAAAGCUGUGGAGCAGCCUGCCGCUUCCAGGCGGCUCGAAUUGCAGCCAGUCCGAGAUGCGUCGGCGCCGCUACACUUACCAGGAGUACGUGAAUCUCGUGCUGGAGAGCGGCCAGCUUUCCAGCCACGACUACAGCCACAAGUCGGUGGAGGAGGACCCCCGCAUGAUGGCCUUCUUUGACACCCUGGUUGAACGAGAUGCUGAGGGUUGGUCAUCAUCAGAUUCAAGCCAGUGCAACAGAGCAAGGACUUUGUCAUCGUCGUCAUCAUCAUCGUCGUCGUCGUCAUCAUCGUCAUCAUCAUGCGACUUGUCCAGCGAGGAUGAAGAGACCAUUCAGCAUCUGCUGAGCCUUCGCCGGCUGAGGCAGCGGGUCAAUACAUCGGAUAGUGAAGACGGCUGGGUGCGAUCCAGUCCCACUCUACCGCCUGCAGGAGACGAACCAGAAGAGGGACCACAGUCCAGCCAACAGGCAGACGAGUCCAGCAGCCCCGCCAGCGAGCGUGCUGGCCGACCGGAGUUCAAGAGGCCCCGAUGCAACUUCCGCAACCAGCGCUCGUACAGACGGCGACGGCGAAGCGGCAGCUCGGACAGGCAGUGACCACACGAACGGCCGGGUCAAGCU